AUGUUGCGAGUUUCUGCCCUACGGUUCCGUUCGCAUUUCUCUCUCCCCAAGCGCCGAAUGUUUUCCACAUCUGCAUCCUGGGGCAUGAAUCUACCACCUGAAACCGAGCUAUACGAACAAACUAACGGCCGCUGGCUCUUCAAUGAGGCUCAACAACAAGAAAUCCGGCGCGUCAAUUUCAACGUUUCUGAACUCAUACGUGUUGCAUGUGCUGCUGCUGGUGCAGGUUCUUGCUUAUCCAUCCAAAAAAUUGCUGAAGGAUCCUUCAAUAAAAUCUUCCGCCUGCGCUUCGACAACUCUAAAUCACUCAUUGCCCGCUUACCCUCUUCACGUAUGUUUGGCAGUGGGGUCUCUUGGGCCAUUGCGAGCGAAGUUGCGACCAUGACAAUUGCUCGCGAGAAGCUGAACGUUCACACACGGCGUGUAGUUGCGUGGAGCAAAGAGUCGGACACAAGCAAAGAACCCGUUGGCUGGCCCUACGUUCUGAUGGAAGAUGUAGACGGCGUCUUGCUGGACAAGGAAUGGCUCAUGUCAGAGAUGCGGGGCGCUCCUGUGGCGGAACUGCUCACGCAGGUCGGCAACGAUAUGCACAGGAUGACUGUCGCCCCGUUUUCGCAACUAGGCAGUCUCUACUUCCCAGCCGACCUUCCCUCUGCCCCACCUCUCGCUGCACCGAUGGUGUUGGAGGAUCAGGUGCGUGUUGGCCCCAUCGCCGAUCCUUUGUGGUGGCGUUCGUAUCAUGACGAACCGCACCUCGAUCGCGGCCUAUGGGACACGUUGGAGGACUAUAUCAAUGCUGCUAGCGCCACCGCGAAGACCCCUCCUCUCUGUCCUACACAAAGUCAUCAGUUGAAGACCUUGUCCAAGUCGACCGUCUUCUCGACAAGGUCACAGCACUGGCACCCCAUCUUCAGCAAGCUGUCGAACGUGCCUCUCCUCUCCCAGCACGAUUCAUGCAGAAUGUCCUCUUACAUCCUGACAUCCGCGCUCAAAAUGGUGCCGAAGCUUACCGCCGAAAACAGUGAAACUCGGAUGGAGGACCCAGUCUUUAUCGAUUGGCAAGGCACGACUGUACUCCCACUGGCAUUGCAAUGGUGCGUUCCUCCCCUCGCCGAGUAUGAGCCCCGUCUUUUCCAGCAGGAUGGGCGUCCAGUGCUCGAAGUCCGCGGCAUCUCUGAAGUUGAAUGGCCCUCCGACAUUGACGAGCUAGAUCCGUCGGAGCAAGAGGUUGUCCGUGCAGAACACCGGAUCGCGACGCGCAACGUCCGCUGGAUCCAGCAUUUCCUCAGUGUGCAGACAUAUGCCCACCUGUUCGCCUUUCCCCUUCAGCGGUAUCUCCAUAUCCUCACGCAAGGAAUUCUGCGGGCCUGUGCUGAUGGGCCACACACCCUGAGGUUCUUGUUGGUGCAUAUGAAGACUGCAUGGGACGAGGAUUCGGAGAGUUUGGCCCUUGUCCCUACACACUUGAGUCAGAUGAGGCCCAAAGGUACCAGGAAGGGCAGGAACGGGUGGAACGGUUUGAUGCUGCACUCUCAUGACUGGUUGUGCGCCUUCGAUGUACCAGAGACGGCUGUGUGGAGCCAAAGGACUAUGAAACCUCUAUGCGAGAAUUAG